AUGGGGCUGCACCAGGCGCUGCUGGUGCUGCUGGUGCUGCGCUCGCCGGUGCUGGCCCAGAUCACGGUCCCACGGCCCGUGAAUGCGACGGGGGAGGAGGUAGCUCCGCAGGCCAUCGCCUCAGGGCUCUAUGUCUUUUUAUCUGAUGACUUCAGGAUUUACGUGUCUAAUGAGAAGGGAUCUAUACGCUCUGAUUCAACCCAUAUCAAGGGAGGCUGCCACUACCGGGGCUACAUCGAUGGGUUCCCCAACUCGGCAGUGACCCUCAGCACCUGCUCGGGGCUCAGGGGCUUGCUGCAGUUUGAGAACGUCAGCUACGGGAUCGAGCCCCUGGGUUAUUCUCCUGCCUUCGAGCACUUUGUGUAUCGCGUGAGCGACGAGAAGGCGGCAGGUUCCCUCUUUGCCACCGGCCGCCGCGAGGGAGGGCCGGGGCGGCUGACGGCAGAGGAGGUGUCGUCCAAAGCGCGUGGAGAUGGCGAAGUAGCUCCCAUUUACGUGAUUGGGUGCUGGCAAUCGUUUCAGCAUUCAACGUUGUUGCGCGCCGCCGUGGUAAAUGCCUUGUCUGCUCUUGUGUCCUCUUGGGUUAUUUUUCAGUACAACCACAUGGGUUCAGACACGAAUGCUGCGAUGCAGAAGAUAAUCCAGGUCUUCAAUCUGGUCAACAACAUGUUUAACCCGCUUAAUGUUACCAUCGUGCUGUCCUCCCUGGAGCUGUGGACAGAGGAGAAUAAGAUAUCGACAGCAGGGGAGGCAGAUGACCUUCUACAGCGAUUUUUACAGUGGAAACAGUCAUAUCUCGCUCUGCGGUCGCACGACGUAGCUUAUCUAUUAGUGUACAGGGACCGAGCAGCGUUCGUGGGCGCAACGGCUCCGGGAAAGGCGUGUCAGAGGGACGCUGCCGGCGCGGUGGCCGUGUACCAAGGGUCCGUGACGCUGGAGUCCUUCUCCGUCCUCCUGGCCCAGCUGCUGGGACGCAGCCUGGGCGUGAGCUACGACGACUCCCGCGACUGCCGCUGCCCCGGGCGCGUCUGCCUCAUGAGCCGGGAGGCGCUACAUUUCAGUGGGGUAAAAGCCUUUAGCAACUGCAGCGUCGGCGACUUUGAAACCUUCCUGAAGCACGACGGAGGCGCCUGCCUUUUCCAUAGGCCCCGCUUGACCGGACUGUCCUACCGGAGAGGGCCCGUCUGCGGCAACGGCGUCGUGGAGCCCGGCGAGCAGUGCGACUGCGGCGGGGCGGAGGCAUGCUUGAAGGAUAAAUGCUGUACUAAAAGAUGUCGGUUUAAGCCAGGAGUGAAAUGUUCCUCUGGACUGUGUUGUAAUGAAUGUCAGUUCAAGCAGAAGAACUCGCAGUGCCGCCCCGCCGCCGAUGCGCAGUGUGACCUGGCCGAGUUCUGCAACGGGUCCUCCGCGUCCUGCCCCCCCGACCUGUACGUGCAGGACGGGCACGGCUGUGAGCGCGGCACCGGCUACUGCUACAAGGGGCGCUGCCAGUCCCCGGACCUGCAGUGCCAGCGGCUCUACGGGAGAGGUUCAAAAAAUGCUCCUGUGGCUUGUUACGAGGAACUCAAUAGUCAGCGGGACCGAUUUGGACACUGCGGGUUCCAGCCCAGACAAGGCUAUAAGUCCUGUGCUUGGAGGAAUCUCAGAUGUGGGAAGUUGAUCUGCACGUACCCGUACAACACUCCGUUCGCGUCAGCCGCCGCCGCCGUUCUUUACGUCCAAGUGCGUGAGCAUUUAUGUGUAUCUCUGGAUUAUUUGAACGCACCGGCGAGGCUGGAUCCUCUUCUGGUGCCGGCAGGUACAAAGUGUGGUUCUGGGAAGGUGUGUAUAAACAACACUUGUCACCCACACUCGGUCCUGGGGUAUGACUGUGACAGCAAAGUCAAGUGCCACGGCCACGGCGUGUGCAAUAACAAGGGGCACUGCCACUGCCACCCUGGCUGGAAGCCCCCUGACUGCCUGCAGAAGGGGUCGCGCUUGGGGGGAAGCGUCGACAGCGGCCUCCAGGUGAUGGACGGUGGCCUCUCCGUGCAGCGAGCGCUGGAGGACGUGACGCUGGCCUGGCCGGUGCUGGGCUCCUGCCUCCUCCUGCUCCUCCUCACCCCAGCCGCCUGCCUCCUCUUCCUCCUCCGGCGGCGGGUGCUGGGCCGGCACGGCGGGGGGCAGACCCCGAGCAUGGAGGGCCCCGCCGCCGAGGAGGGCAGCGACCGCACGGACCCGGACACGGACCCGGACCCGCAGCCGGACUCGGACCCGGACCCGCACCCGGAGCCGGACCCGGACCCGGACUCGGACCCGGACCCGCAGCCGGACACGGACACGGACACGGACCCGGACCCGCAGCCGGAGCCGGACCCGCAGCCGGACUCGGACCCGGACACGGACCCGGACCCGGACCCGCAGCCGGACCCGGACCCGCAGCCGGACCCGCAGCCGGAGCCGGACCCGCAGCCGGACACGGACCCGCACCCGCAGCCGGAGCCGGACCCGCAGCCGGGGCCGCGGCGCGGGCGCUAAUAAAGGCGUUGGGGGCAGCCGCGUGUGCGCGCCUCUGUGCGGGGCGGCGGGGCCGGUACCGGCCGGGCGGGAUGGCGCCGGGGCCGGGGCUGGUGCC